CCAUACAGCAUUUCGUGCUUGUGAGAGGUGUAGAGUCCUUGGCAAGAAAGUUGACGGAGUAACUGUAUUUCUGGAAGUCGAUGAGCCUAGAAAAACAGACGAAGAUUUUCUCAAUUUUAUUGACUCAGAAUGUCAUACUGCAGUAUCAUUGCUGAGUAUAUUGAAUCCUCCAGUCAAGAUGGUAUCACACUUUGUUCUUGAUCCAAUGCAUCUUUUAUAUCUUGGAUGUACAAAGAGAAUUUUAGAAUUUAUGCUGUCCCCUUCGAAAAACAAGAUUCGAGUGAGUGCAACUCAGAAACUUGAAUUGGAGCGUAGAAGUGUUCAAAUUUAUCCAGAUAUUCCAGAUGAGUUCCCAAGAAAAUUGAGGUCGACGAAGGAUUGGGCCAAGUAUAAGGCAGUAGAGUACAAAUUUUUUAUUCUCUAUGCGUCACCAGUUAUUUUAAAAAAUUUAGUAUCAGAUGAUUUGUAUGAUCAUUUAAUGUCAUUCAAUGUAGCAUGCAGGUUAAUGUCAAGUGAGAAUGCACUCCUUCAUGUUGACGAAGCUAGACAGUAUUUGAAAAGUUUUGUUGAAAAAGCUCCUGAUUUAUUCGGACCAACAUUCAUGUCACUUAACAUUCAUAACUUGAUACACAUCUGUGACGACGUGGAAAAUUUAAGCUGCAAUUUUAAUGAACUUAGUGCAUUUGCUUUUGAAUCUUAUUUGGGAAAAAUUAGUAGUGCAUUACGAUCAGCAAACCAUAUAGUGGCUCAGUACUGUAGAAGAGUUCAAGAAAAGGACAUGUUCGCUGUUCAGACAUCAAACAAUAAUCCAAGUGUUUUAAUUCUACAAGAAGAUAAAACUAAAGUUAUUAAAGUUAAAUAUUGUGAAAUGAUUCUAUCACAUAGCAAUCCGAACAAAACAGUUCUUUUACAAGACAGAAGUGUAGUUGAGAUUGAAAAGAUUUAUAAGCACGCUGAUGACAGCAUUCGAGUUCAAGUGAGAAGAUAUUUGAGAAAAGAAAAUAUUUUUGAUCAACCGUGUAAUUCAAGCAGUUUAAAUAUGUGGCAAGUCAGUCGCCUUUCCCCAAAAGUCAUAGAUAUACCAUUGAAGUCGAUUGUUCAGAAAUUUGUUAAGCUGACAAUGAAUUAUUCAGACUCACCAGAAGAAACAAGAAUAUUCGUAAUUCCAUUAAUGCACUAAACAUUUUUUCAAUACUUAGUGAUUAUGGACUGAAGAGGUUAUAUAUAAGUGUGUUUGAAUGUCUGAUAACAGAUACAGUGACUCUGACAGCAGCAGUGGAGAUGAUGAAUUGAAAGAGUUUGUCCUGGUGGAGUUCAUACACCGUGGAAGAAAAAAGAAGUGUGAAUCUGCAGAUAUUGUGCCUUCAAAAUGGUUAGAAUUUGAUAACACACGCAAGCGAUGCCUUACCAAGUUUCUAGAAUCUCCAUAUGGACCUGAAGAUAUUGAGAUGCUACACACUUUAGUUAAAGAAAAAGCAGAUGCACCAGAAAAUUGGCCAGUUUAUCCAGUCGAAGUAAGGGGACGAGCAAGUACUUAUGAAAGAGCAGUGGAAAAAAUUGGAACGUUGGAAAAAGGAGGAAAUGCCUUUACAACCGAUGAUGAAAGUGCCUCAGAAAUCAAGUCCAAGAUGCAUAACGCUGUUCGCCAAAAGCAAUUAAAAGCACAAGCAAAGCUUUUAACAGAGAAGUUUUUACCAGGAAAUAAAGUGACGAAUAAUUAUUCUCAAAAAAAUGAUAAAGAGUCAACCUCGGAGUCAAGUUGUGGUAUUCAGAGACGAGUCGACUUUGCAGUACCAAGUACAUCAGGAAUACCAAGUAGAUCUACAAAUGCUCAUGAAACCCAGCAACCUAAAGAAGCUACGGUAUCUAUUAAUGGACUACACACUGAUAAUGGACUACGCCCAGCCCAAGAACCAGUUAACAAUUUGGAUGCUGUCGAACUUGAGCUCAACAACGAUGACAACAAUGAAAAUCAAGAGUUGCAUGAACCUAUUGAUAACUUGGUACGACAACUGAAUAUUCCAAUAGUUCAAUUGGGAAAUUAUGAAAGCAAGUCUGAUUUUGAGACAUUAGUGUUGACUAAACUUAAUCAGAUCACUCUCAAGCUUGAUGAUAUCAUAACCUCUUUGAAAGAUGUCCAGAAAAAACAAAAUGAUACUGAUACAUUUUUGAUGGACAAAAGUGUAGUUCAGCAUCAGGGGAAAACUAAAAUAGACUUUCUCAAGAAGUAUAAAUUGAAGCUACCGAUAGAGGAUAUGGAAACUUUCAAAAUCUUUGAUGCGUCUCUGACAGUAGGAGAUCAAUUUUUGAAAGCUGAUGUUUAUAUAGAAUUAACAUCGCUAGUAGAUGAACUUGGUUGUAUAACCAAGAGCUUCAGCGCAAUGAUGAAAAGGUUCAUUGCGAAGGAUGUAGCAGUGCAAUUUACAGCAGCUAGAAAGGCACGUGAUCCAACUAAAGAACAAGGGGCUGGAAAAUUCAAAGACACUGCACUCUUUCAAUGCAUGAGUGUUGUAAUGGUUAGUGCAUCAAAAAAAAGAAAUGUGCUGGUAUCGAAUAAAGACUUAAUCAGAGGCUUAAGUUCCAUAGUUUGCGGUGCUAAAAAAUGGGAAUAAUUAUAUAUGUAUGGUUCGAAUGUUCUACGACUUCAUUGUAAUAUUAUGUUAUUAUAUUGUACUUAUAAUUAAUGAAUAUUUUGUAUUAAUGCGAUGCCAAAAACUAAAAGUAAAAUGCUUUUAUACGUAAUCCACAUAUUGUUUAAACAUGUAUAAAUACCAUGUAUCUAUUAAUAAUUAGAGAUUAUUAAUAAAGUUUGAAAAUAAUUUAAUAAA